UGUCACACACAGACCAAGAUCCGACGUCCUCCGUGGCUGGGCUUGCUGGACUCUGCACCAUGAGAAAGAGAUUUCUAAGGUUGCUGCCAGGAUUCUUGGUGCUGCUGCUGUGGCCAUUGGGAAUUGCAGCCAAGAAACCUAGAGCCCCUCCAGGCUGUGCUCCCUGGUGCCCUCGGAACUCCGUAUGUAUCAAUGCCAUCGCCUGUCGCUGCCAUCCGGGAUUCAGCUCCUGGUCUGGGGAGAUCAUCACCAGCCCCGUGGACAGUUGUGAUGACAUCAAUGAGUGUGAACCACCCUUGGCAGUGUCCUGUGGGAAAUUCGCUGAUUGCCAGAAUGUGGACGGGAGCCACUACUGCACAUGUAGCCCAGGAUAUGGGCUCGUUUCUGGGGCAACAACGUUCAGAAACGAGAGUGAGAACACAUGUCAAGAUGUCGACGAGUGCAGCUCCAGGCAGCAUCGAUGUCACAACUCCACCGCCUGUAUCAACACCGUGGGCUCAUACAGGUGCCGCUGCCGCCGAGGGUGGACACCCCUGCCGGGGUUCCAGGACAACCAAAACACCACUGUGUGUGAAGAGAUGUCCUUCCCCACCUGGACUCCGCCCCCUGGAAUCCAGAGCCAGUGUCUCUCAGGCUUCUUUGAAAGAGUCCAGGAUCUGCGCAGACGCUUCACACCAGCCUCGGCCCAGGACACCGUCCAGGACCUCAUCCAGUCAGUGGACGAGCUGCUGAAAGCCCCCGGGGACCUGGAGACCCUGGCCCUGCCUGACCGGCACCACACGGUCACCCACCUGCUCUCGGGCCUGGAAGAAGUCCUGAGGACCCUCGCCAAGGCCAUGCCUGGAGCCUCCUUCACCUACCAGUCUCCUGCAGGCACAGAGCUGUCCCUGGUGAUCCAGGAGCAGGGGCACGGGAACGUCACCCUGGGCCAGAGCCACGCACGGAUGCUCCUGGACUGGGCCGUGGCGGCCGGGUCUGCGGGGUCGGGCCCCGCCGUGGCAGGCAUCCUCUCCAACCCCAACAUGCAGAAACUGCUGGCCAACGCCUCCCUGGAACUGGACCCCGAGAGGCAAGCCAAGCUGGAGGAGACCCACGAAAGCCCCCUCUAUGGCGUCCAGUGGAGGCUCCUCUCGGCCGUCAACUCGGUCUUUCUGAGCAACACGAACACGACGAAACUCGACCCCAAGGUCACCUUCGCCUUCUCCCACCCUCCAGAGAAGCCCGGGACACGGCAGGAGCUGAUCUGUGCCUUCUGGAAGGGAGCUGACGAUGGGGGCGGGCACUGGGCCACCUCAGGGUGCUGGACACUGGGCAGCUGGAACAACAGCACCACCUGCCAGUGCAGCCACCUCAGCAGCUUUGCCGUCCUGAUGGCCCACUACGAUGUGCAGGAGGAGGAUCCCAUGCUGGCUGUGAUCACCCACGUGGGGCUGAGCCUCUCUCUGCUGUGCCUCCUCCUGGCAGCCCUCACCUUCCUGCUGUGCAGAGCCAUCCAGAACACCAGCACCUCUCUCCACCUGCAGCUCUCGCUCUGCCUCUUCCUGGCCCACCUCCUCUUCCUCACGGCCAUGGACCGAACAGAGAUCCAGGUGCUGUGCUCCGUCAUCGCGGGCGCCUUACACUAUCUCUACCUGGCCUCCUUCACCUGGAUGCUGCUGGCGGGCCUGCACCUCUUCCUCACUGCGCGCAACCUGACGGUGGUCAACUACUCCAGUGUGAGCAGGUUCAUGAAGAAGCUCAUGUUCCCUGUGGGCUACGGAGUCCCGGCCGUGAUCGUGGCCAUUUCUGCAGCAUCCAGGCCAGAUCUUUAUGGAACACCCACCCGCUGCUGGCUCCGCUCAGAAAGUGGAUUUAUAUGGGGCUUCCUUGGACCAGUCUGUGCCAUCUUCUCUGUCAACUUAGCUUUCUUUCUGAUGACCCUCUGGAUUUUGAAAAGCAGGCUCUCUCUCCUUAACAGUGAUGUGUCCACCCUCCAGAACACAAGGAUGCUGACUUUUAAAGCUACAGCUCAGCUCUUCAUCUUGGGAUGCACGUGGUGUCUGGGAAUCCUGCAGGUGGGUCCAGCUGCCCACGUCAUGGCCUACUUCUUCACCAUCAUCAACAGCCUGCAGGGCGUCUCCAUCUUCCUGGUGUACUGCCUCCUUAGCCAGCAGGUUCGGGAACAAUACGGGAAAUGGCUCAAAAGGGUCAGGAAAACCAAAGCUGAUUCUGAGACUUUCACGCUUUCCAGCAGGACUAUGUCUGAUGCAUCCAGACCCUUCAUGGUGAAUUGAAAAGAUCUUUUGAACUAUAUCCUCUUCUCCCAUGGAAAAUCAGGACUGUUAUUCUUUGAGCCAUUAGGAGAAGAUAAAGAAGACUUUGUAGUGUGUUUCCAGAAACCCAUCGUGUCAGCAAUGUGAAUGGAGUCAUGGUGGACAUGCUCAUGCUCGAUUCCUGUGAAAUCUAGAACUUUUCUGUGCCCCACAGUAUGCUCAGAAAGCACUCCACACAGAAAAGGCCAGCUGAGGGCCAGUUCUUUGGUAUCUUUGGGUUAAGCCCUUUUCUGAAGCCUCUCCUUCCUACAAACACUCUUCCAGAUGCCAAAAUUCUAUGAGCAGGAACACCAGCCUGAAGGUAUUUUCAAACCAACAACAUCCAAAAGAUCGGGAAUGUUCACACCAUAGUCUGGAUUUUUAAAUUUUUUUUGUUCUGUUUUCUAUGAAUUUAAUUAUUCACUCAUUCAAAAAUAUUGAUUACUCGCCAUGUCCAAGGCAGAGAUCAGGAGAGAACAGGCCCUCCUUCAUGGACUUGACUCAGUGGCUGAAAGAUUCCUAUAAACCAAGUCCUACGGCUGGACAAUUGAAGUAUGAACUAUUUCACAGACUCCAUCUCCAUUCAUCCUCACACAAAGCUUCAGAUAUAUUGAAAGCUCAGAUCAUGAUGUGUAUAUUUUAGGCUUUGUGGGCCAGUGUAUUAGUCAGGGUUCUCCAGAGAAAUAGAACCAAUAGGAUACACACACACACACAAACACAUAAAUAUGAAAUAUGAAAAGAAUUAUUAUGAGGCAUUGACUCACUUGAUAAUGGAGGCUGAGAAGUCCCACAGUCUGCCACUGGCCAUCUUGGAACCCAGGAAAGCCGGUGGUGUAGUUUGAAGGCCUAAGAACCAGGGAGCAGUAGAUUAACAUCUGGGCCUGAAAGCCUGAGAGCCAGGAGCACCAAGGGCAGGAAACUGAUGCCCCAGCUCCAGCACUCAGCCUGAGUCAAUUCAACUUCCUCCAUCUUUUAUUCUAUGCAGACCCUCAGUGGUUCGGGUGAUGCCCAUCCUCACGGUAGAAGGCCAUCUGCAUCACACAGGCCAUGGACUCAAACGCUACUCUCCUCUGGAAACACCUCACAGAUACACCCUGAAAUCACACUAAACCAGCCAUCUGGGCGUCCUGCGCCCCAGGGAGGACACAAAAAUUAACCAUCACAGCCAGAUAGCUACAGAAACAACUCAACUCUGCCACUGUAGCAUGAAAACGGCUAUAGACACUCAAAAUUGAAUGCUCAUGGCUGUGUUCUAAUAAAACUACACAUGGAGAGCAAAUUUGAAUUUUAUGCACUGUUCAUGUGACAAGAUAUAUCAUUCUUCUUUUGACUUUUCUCAGCAAUGUAAAAAUGUAAAGACUAUUCUUAGUUUGUGGGCUGCACAGAAACAGGCAGCGAGGCAAAUUUAACCCGUGAGUCGCUGCGGACUCCCAUCCUAGGAAAUUCAUCAGAGCUCCUCGUACACCAAUUUAUUCAUUCACUCUUCAAAUAUUCAGUGAGCACUUACUCUUUGGAAAGGCAUCAUGCUAAACUGAAAGAAACUAAAAUUAACAAGGCAGACGAGAUCCCCAGAUCCCGGAGUCGUGAGGACCUGUGGAUUGGUCAGCUCAGGCUGCCAUAACAAAACCACAGACUGAGCAGCUUAAUCAACAGAAAUUAUUUUCUCACCGGUCUGGAGACUGGGAAGGCCAAGAGCAAGGUUUGUCAGGGUGGGUUCUGGUGAGAGCUCUCUUCCUGGCUUGCAGAUGGCCACCUUCUCACUGUGUCCUCGCAUGGCCUUUUCGUCCAGCUCAAGCCUGAAGAGACAGAGAAACGAAACUCUUUGAUGUCUCUACUUACAAGAGCACUAUGCUAUGAUGAGGGUGCCACUCUCAUCUAACCCUAAUUAUCUCCCAAAGGGCCAUCUCCAAGUCCCAUCAGGGGAUUGCGUAUUAGGGCAUCAGGGGUUAGGGCUUCAACACAUGAAUUUACAGGGCAGCACAAACAUUCAGUCCACAACAGUCUGCAAGAUGGAAAACAGGAGAAAGAACAUGCAGUAUAGGAGAUACUGUGGUCUAAGGACACACAGCCCUGUGGGGACACGGCAGAAGUGUAACAAGCUGUGGUUGGAGUGGGCAGGUGGGAGAGAGCUCUCAGUCAACUGAGGGCAGCAUUCUGAGACGUUUACAGUUUGGGAGGCAGAUCUCAGCAUUCACCCUCAUAUCUUCGCCUUUACAAUCUAUCAAAUAUAUUCUCCUUAUUUAUCAGGGGAAUAACAAUAAUAAUUUCCUUGUGGGUCAUUUUUGAAUGUUAACUGAGAAAAUAAAGAUUAAGCUCUGGUAGGAAACCCAAAGACAAACAAGAAUUAACCAGGACGAGUGAGCUUGAGGGUUCCCAGCUCAUUUAUCCAGAACUCUGUCAGUGAUUUAGAAACAGCCAUGAGACAGGCUCUGAAGUGGGGUUCCACUUCUUAUGACAGGGCUCCAGUACAUGACCACGCCCAUCAAAGAGAGCAGGUGGGCAGGUUGAAGAGGUUUCUCCCUUCAGCUCUCCACGUUGGGGGUCUGCUGUGACAGCUCCCCUCACUGGUUGCCCCCUUUCCUGGUUCUGAUGGUCACCGUGUGGAUGAGGAAACAGGGACUCAUUGAGGAUUUAGCCCCUUGGUGGAGAACAUAGAAUCCAGACACAAGAAGUAUAUAACCAGAAGCUGUCGGAUGCCAGCAGUUAAGGAGCACCCAGCCACAUCCAGCUGUUUGUCUACUGUCCGUGGCUGCUUUUGCUACAACCACAGAGUUGACAUUGUGACAGAGACUGGAUGGCUCACAAAGCUGAAAAUAUUUCCUGUCUGGGCCCUUACAGAAGGCUUGCUGACCUCUGGUGUAGUAUGUGAAGGAUCAUCUCCUUCCAUUAUGAGCACCACAUCCUGAACAUUAGUCCCUGACUCAGAGGGAUAUGUGUGUACAUGCAUAAAAACAAUGACUAGAAGGACAGAUAUAAACUGUAAACAGGACGGAACUGUAGAAAGAAUGACUGUGUGUGUCUGCAGGGAGAGAUGGGUCAGAAAUGGGAUGUGAGGAGAAACUUUCAAUUUAUAGACUUCUGUGGUGUUUAAAUGAUUUAACCAAGAAGCAAUUUUUGAAUUUUUUGUACAGUGAAAAAUAAAAACAUCAAACACAAAAAUUAUUAAAAAGAAAGCAACAAAGCCAUGUAG